GUGGGGGAGGAAACCGGAAGUGGGUUCGGAGGACAGCGUGGUGCAUGUCAAUCUUGCUGGUCGCAGCGAAUUACGGUGGGAAUUUGUUUACAUCGGUGGCAAGUACCAGGGACUCCGCAUACUUCGAGUGAUGAAGACGGCGUGAACACAAGCAACAGGAUGCCUCUAGUGAUAAACGGGGCCGUGGUUGACCAGCUUCCACCCGACACGAGGACGCUGUUCGAGACGUAUCCGCACUUCAAGGAAAUCGCGGCAGCUCUGAUUUCCCAAGUGCCCAAGGUCAUCGGCCCUCUUGGUCUGUUGUACGUCCACCAGCGCGAGUUUGCCGUCACCGUACCGCAAGACAAAAAUGUCAGCGUCCUUGGAACAGAUGAAGCCACUACAUGCACCAUGGCUAUCAUCCGGCACACAGGUUCGGGAGCUGUGUCGCUAGCACACUUCGAUGGCUCGGGCCUCGAGCAAGGCGUGGCGUCCAUGGUGCGGAGAGUGCAGGAGCUUUCGCUUCCCAUUCCAGAAGGAAGGUUUGAAGUCUACCUUGUUGGCGGCUUCCUGGACCGCAGGGGUUACUCUGAAAGUUUGGCCAAUCAGCUUCUCUAUGCCUUGCACAAGCAGCCUGUCAACCUCCACUUGGUGACUGCCUGUGUUUGUGAGCUGAACAACGUUCUCCGCGGGAACCUCAACUGGCCGACCAUCUACGGCAUUGGUGUAAACAUCAAGAGCGGCGAGAUCUUCCCAGCCACAUUCCCCGACAAAGGUCCCGAGCUUCCGCUUCGUUCGGCGAGACACUUCACCGGCUGCCACGAGAUGUGCGACAUCUACGACUGCUCGUUAGGAAUGAUGCGCAUCGGGCCUUUCAACUACGAGCCGAUGCGAGGAGUGGACCUGUGGCUGUCGCAGAAUGAUGACUUCAUACUGCAGCACCUGUCGACAUCGCCCGAGGUGGAGUCGCCCAUGUUUGUGAUGCAAGUGCGGGCCGCCCUCAAGUACAUUCAGCAGCACCCGUUUCCGGGUGUCACCGUGUUCCCCGACAACCGGCCGCACUACUUCCGCAAGGACGAGGGAGGUGCCUGGAUACCGUUCUGCUACUGAACGGUGUUCCGCGCAGUCUGUCACGCUGUAGCGAACGCAGACUCUCCCUUCGUGCGCACUGCUGGGCUGCACUGUUGCCCUCGGAUGCUGCUGCGACGCCUUUUCCAACGUUGCAGAUUAGUAUUAUGGGCGGGAUGGUUUGCGCUUUCUUGACGGAGUUCAGGCGGUUUGGAGAGAUAUCUUGUCUCUCGAGUGUUCCAAGUUUUAAAGGAGUGGCAUUGAGGUGAGGGUGGCCACAUCCAUGGACUCAAGAUCCAGAUACUCGUGUUCCACAUAGUGAAAGUUCAUGCUUUGAAUCUCUCGUUUGUUGUGCGGUACGUUUCCAGUUGUGCCGUACGCCCAACGGUUUGACCGUCGGCGUGGCAUUUUACAGAAAACGUGUUCUCUGUUGUUUCGAGCAGUUUUUCCUCCGCUUGUUGAGAGCUCAAAAAAUAUUUUUAAUAGUAUUCCCCACAAAGAAGAUGGGUUGGUGAGCACGGGUGAGCCGGCGUGCGUUUGAUUUUAUUUUUUUAACCGCUUACCUCGCAGUGCAGAGGCCCAGUGAACGGCAUUGCUCACGUGACCACGUCACUCUUGCCGUCGGCCGUUGCCGGUGAUGCGUUUGCAAUGACCCCCUAGUGGCAAACUUUGCAGUUAGGUGAGAAGUGACUUGUGCUUUUUCAUGGUUGUUUCGAUGGCAAUGUAAACUUUGCCAGAGGUGAUGUUGUUGCCGAUGUACCAACAGAUGGUGCCAUAUUUACAUGAGAGAAAAAAAAGGAGGCUUUUCUUCCAAAAUUUUGAGCUGAAAGUGAAGGCAAAGUAUGUGAGGCAGCUGAUGAAUGUAUUUGCAGUUGGUGAUCUUUAUUUUUCUGAGCUUUUCUUUUAAUAGCAUGGGGGCUUUAACCCGUACAUAUGUCGGCUGAUGUAAACAUUCAAGUCCAUUUGGGCUUGCGGUUUUAAUUGAGUACAAGGUCUGUAUGCCACAAAGUUCAAGAGGCUGUAUUUUUUAAAAGCACUUCCCAGGAGUAUUUUUAGCCAUCAGACCUAAAUGUUUGUUGCCGUGAUGUAUUGAUUGCUUGGUCUUAAUUGAGCAGCAAACAUUUGCAUGUUAAAUGUUCUGCACAUAAUCGUAGACAACAUCCUUUUAUCUUGCUCUUGAAUGGUUGCUGUUCACCCAACAUUUUGAAUGUGAAGUGUAUUAGACGAAUAUUAUUCCGUAAUGAACUGAUGCACUUGUGAUUUGAUGCUUCUCAAGCCACAAGCAGACUGGUUGUUAAUGCAGGUGCUAUGCAACUCCCAUUUAGGCAUGCAUUAAAGUAGCGUUCAGCCUAAUGCAUUGAAGCAUGCAUUAAGACGUGCCCUUUGCAGUAGUGUCGACUUUAAAGACACAAAGCGAUCUGAUAAGCCAGCACAAGUAGUUGUAUUGCUUGAACUGCGUAUUUUUGCUGACAACCCACCCAUGGCUGCUUAGCAACCGCACAAGGAUGCAGUUUGAUUUCCGGCUAAGCUGGUUGCGUUUUUAUCAGGGCGAAAUGUGAAGACACUCGUGCACUUAAAUUUUGGAGGACGUUAAAAGAACCCCAGGUGGUCCAAAUCGGUUCAUAGUCUUCUGUAACAGCGUGCCUCAUGAUGUGUCUAUUGUGGCACGUAAAACCUCGGAAAUUGGUCAAAUUUUUUCUAGUAGAUGGCUGGCCCCUUUUUACCAGACUUGAGGGCAUGUGAAUGCUUCGUUUUCGUUUCCAUUUGCAUCUGCUUUCUGUAUUAAAACAUUUAGUUAAAAGUGAGGAGUCCUUGGACUUGUUGGCAGGCAUCCCUUUACGUUGCUUCAAUGUAGAGCGGCAUAGUGGAGACGUAUUAGUAUAUAUGUAUACUGUAAGAUGUAGGGUGUGUGCACUAGUGAUGCUGGUGCCACCUGGUGGAGCCGCAAGUUUUAACUGUGGUGCACAGAACUUUAACGACAGGGACUGAACUCCAGCUAUAUGUCACUGAUUCACUGGCAUGAAUGUGUCGGUGACUCCGUAAUUUAGUAAGUACAUCCUCAGACGUGUUUCUUAUAAUUAUGUAUAGGCGAUGCGCAAAGCGCCUACGACGCCAUCUGCCGCCACGGCUCGGAAGCGUUGGUGGGUCCGGGCGACAAGUGUUCCCGCGAGAGUGUACGCGAGUGCACGGAUGGAUGUGUUUUCAUCGUGAUUUAACGACUCUGUCGGGCUUCAGCGAUGUCUAAAAAUAACUGCUGCGUUGUCGGCUGCUCAAACACACAGAAAAAAUCGCCAGGAACGCACUUCUACAGGUUUCUGGUGCUAUUUCAUGAGUGAGAGCGACGGCGGUGGUAGGUUGCGGCUGUACGACGCAGAAGGUAAGCAAUCGCGCUUUGUUUACGGCAGUGUUAGAACGAUUACUGUUUUUAUUUCUCCAUUUAUGUCGCUACGUUUUCAGCAAAUGCUACUACGUUUACACUUGGUCGCCUCGCCUGCAUUGUAGACGCUACAAUGCACAUGAGGUUGUUAUUACUGAUAAGACGCGAUGCCUAGGCUCUCUUGAAAAAUGAAUGGCGCGAAGCGCAAUGCCAGAGAAUGUGGGGCAGGUGACGGCUCCUUUACAAAAGCGCCGUGGAAUCACACGUGUGCUGCACGAAAUCGGCUGCAUUCUACCUAUUGAUGGCACUGGAGUGCGAUCAUCGGUGCAGAAUGUUCGCUGUGCGCUUCUGCACUGAUGAUCAGUUUAUCGUUUAUUUUUUUCACAAGUUUAUCGUGCUGGUUACAAAGUUUUACCAACGCUGACCCUUCGUGUGGCCGCACCUCUGAAAUCUACACGCCGUUGCGACAGCGCUCCUUCAAAAUCUACUAUAUAAACACAUGGCACGUAAACGAAGCUACUGUGUCGAGAAAAAACGUUGGUUCACGUGUCAACGUACGCAGGCAUUAGUGAUCGGGAUGUUAAAAAGAAAGCGAUGUACUUACGAUGAGCUCUACUUCGUAGGGAAGCUUGUUGACGCUUGUCUGUGGCAAAUCACUUGGCGCGUAUGGUGACAUUGUCGUCCCACACAGCUGUGACAUCGGACACAUGUCCACUAUUAUAAAGUGCCGCUCCUUUGCGCACACUAACGCCACAAAAUAAUUAUGUGGGACGCGCACAAGCGGCAAAUCGCACGCGCGAAUGAGGCGUCUGCUACGCGACCCACCAGCGGUUCCAACGGCCGCCGCAACGCGGGUUUCAGUGGCGCCCCUAUAGGCGCUGCGCAUCGCGGAUGGUAUUGCCAGGUUGGGGUUGACGCUGUGUUGUUGCGAGAUGUUGCCACCAGUUCUUCCAUACUUGGACGUGUUGUCUGCUUUUACAGCUCGCCUCUGCAGUGGACUUAUUUGAUACACUAAAUCCUCAACCUGGUUUCAGGAGUUGCAGUAUCAUUGUGUUUCCGUUUUUUACGCUUACGAAGCCUGUCUGCAUCCGAACAUGACAAAGCAUCAUGUUCAAUCAUUGGAUUCCCGUUUGUUUGUGGAAUCUGGUGUGGUGGUUCUGUUUUUAUGAAUGUAUGUUUGCGACGUCACUGUGUCACGAAAAAGGUCACAUCUCUACAGCCAUCUGAUUAGUUCAACUUUAUUGUUGCACAUACUAGUGGUUUUUACACUUGUCAUUUUUUUUCUUGGCAGUAGAAGAGACUGUUGUUGGGUUAUUGUCUUGAGGUUGUUAUUCUACUGUUAGUUUUCGCUUAAAAUGGUGGAUCUAUUUUUUUUUGUCUUCUUGUGGAAUAGUAUUCUUGCUUCAAUGUUUUCUCACAUCACUCAUGAUGGAACAAGCAGUUUGUGCGAUUUUUAAUGAAAAACAGGGCCAAAACAUCCGUCGAGCGGUGUAGUAUUAUUCCGAGUUGUUGACAGCAAACUGGUAAUUCUUUUCAUUUGCAUACCCUUAGCUUUUCACGUUCAAACUUUACAUCCUGAGCAAUUCCGCCAGUAUUCGCGCAAAAGUUUUAACAUCGAUUUGGGCCAUUGACGCCCGCUGUUUGUAUUAUAUAUAGAUGAUAUUUGUCAUGUUGGGCGGGCAUUCAAGACACCCGUGUCAUUAUUUUACAUUAAAUCAAACGUUAGAAGGAUCACCAUCAUGACAUGACCGAGCGGUUCUGAUGGUGUAGCGCGGCACUUCACUUUUUGCCGGUGCCUAUGCUCUAAAUAUAUCAACAUUUUAAGCAUUGUACGUGAACUUCAAAUGUAUUACUAUGCACUGGCGCCGCUAAGUUACAUAACCCACAGCUGUUAUUGCAAAACAUUCACCUCGUAUAUGUGCCUUGGCUUCGGUGGAUCACGUUAUAUACCUGUAGUGUAGUACACAUCAAGGGAAGUGGCCUUUCUAUUGUUGUUACUUUCUUUUUAUUAUGCUCGUAUAUUUAGUCGAGUUUUGCGGAGCUCAUUUGAAGCUGGUGCGUUUGUCGUGGCCUGCUAUUGAACUUGCUCUCAUCUCUGUUGGUGCUCUUUGGUGCAAUGAAUCAAAUUACGUGGAAGAUGUUACCGUAGCGUCACCUUUUCUUUUACACAAUAAAGUUCCUUUACACCUUUCUGACAA